CAAUACACAGACACACAUCUUAUACACAAUACAAUUACUUCUAUCCCUCGGAUUUUUGGCAAAACUUUUUUUGAACACAACUUUUGGAUCGCGAUUCACGCACUGACUGUCUGUCUGUCACGGAUUGUCUCACGGGUUGAUCGCCAACACAAUGCUCGACGAAAGUACCGGUAAUUUCAGUUCAACGCGUAAUGUCUACGACUGGUACCAGACGGCCACUCACGUGAUCCUCAAUAUAAUGAUCAAAAACCUGAAGGAGAGUGACGUGAAGGUGAAGCUGAUCGACGAGACACUG